UUUACGCAGCUUCAUUAUUAACCAAACGUUUCACGCGCAAAAUGGAAGCCAAACAACAUUCCCAAGUCACUGCAGCUCCAGCUGAUGAACGUAACAUUGAGAUAAAGGCACGCAUUGGUUCCGACGAAGAAUUCGAAAAACGUGUUGAAAUUGCCAAAAAACUAACCAACUCCACAGGAGAGCUAAUCGUACAGCGAGAUGUUUUCUUUAAAUCUGAAAGUGGUCGCUUUAAAUUGCGCUAUCUACAACCACCUGCCCGCUCUCAAUUGGUGUACUAUGAUCGUCCCGAUGUGGCUGGACCCAAACUAUCGAAAUUCAAUAAAACCGAACUCGAUGAACCGGAGGUGAUGGAAAAAAUCCUAAGUCAAACGAAUGGAGUGCGCGGAGUUUUGGCCAAAAAGCGCUAUUUGUUCAUGUACGAGAGAACACGCAUUCACUUGGAUAAGGUGGAGGAUUUGGGUAAUUUUAUGGAGUUUGAGGUGUGUUUAUUGCCGGAGCAAACAAUUGAAGAGGGGCAGCUGGUGGCCGAUAAAUUGAUUAAGGAAUUCGGUAUUAAAAGUGAAGAUCUAAUGACGGGAGCAUAUUUUGAUGAGUUGAAAAAAUAGUGUAUGUAUCUGUAUUCCUUAAUAUUAGUAAAUAAAUUAACAUAAUAUUUGUUGUAAAGUGAAUAAGUGUUAAAUUUUUAAUAAAGAUGUUUUGCGCCAAAA